AUUAAUUGUUGUAUAAUUACUGCCCAAUUAAACUAAAAACCCCCCAAAUGCAAUGUAAAUAAUGUACCACACCGUUUCUGUGUUUGUGUAUGUGUGUCUUCUAAGUGUUUAGCAACUAAUAAUCUGUCGUCUGAAAAAUCGUCCCUUGAGUGAGAAAAAAAAAUGGAAAAAAUAUUCAUGUUAAAUACUCUGUGCACCUGUGCGAAACUCAGUUGAAGUGCCGCGAAACGUAGAACUGAACAAAGUGCCGCCAAAAGGGGCAGCAAGCCGAAUAAAAUGCUGCAGUAUAAGAAUGCCAACGCCAACGCUGUUACUAACAAUAACAAUGGCCAAGUGGCCACUGCCACUGCCACACCCGCCGCCCCCGUCAAGGGGUCAAAUAGCGUUGGCGUUGUCGGAGGCAGUGCGUCAAAUGUUUCGCCCGCACCCCAAAUGCAGCAGAUCAUAAACAUACAUCAGAUGCCACCGCAAUUCCUGCAACAGGCCGCAGCAGGCGCUCAAAUGCAACAAAAUAUGUUUCAAAUCGUGCAACCGAUGGGCAUGCAAACGGUCAACAUUGAUGGGCAGGAGGCGAUCUUUAUACCCAAUCUGAAUGCCCAGCUGGCGACGGCUCAGGCCGUCAAUAUCAAUGGCCAGCAGGCGUUCAUAACGCCUAAUGGGCAAAUAGUGCGUGCUCCGCAGCCUCCUGAGCCGGCCCAGACUCAGUUAUUCACCAUACCCGGCACCAAUAUACAAAUCCCAUUGGCCAACAUUGUGCAGCAGCAGCAGCCACAGCCACAACCCCAACAACAACAGCAGCAGCAGCAACAGCCCCAUCAGGCAGUAACUCCAACCCUUGCUCAGCAGCAACAGCAACAACAACUUAGCCAGCAACAGCAGCAGGCUGGAGCAGCAACGCAAACGAUAACCAUUCCCGGCACUAAUAUCCAAAUACCCGCCUCUGUGGCCGCCGCCAAUGGACUGCUUGGUAACAUUACCAAUCUGCUGGGCGGAGCUGGGCCCACCACCAUCAAGCUGGAGAAUGGACAAACGCUGCAGAAUAUCCAGUUGCGCACUGCUGCGCCUGGGACGGCGCCACAGUUGCUGCAGUUCCCGCAGCAGGCGCCGGCGGCACCAACGCUCCAGCAGACGGUCGCCGUGCAGAUCCCCGUGCAAACGGCCAAUGGACAGACCAUCUACCAGACGGUCCAUGUGCCCGUGCAGGCGGCUGCUGCCGCCACUGGAACGCCUGCAGCACAGCAGCCAACGCUGUCCAACCUAACGCAGUCCAUCCAGGCUUUGCCCGCCUCGAUGCAGCAGGCAGCGGCUCAGAUGCAGAUCAUCCCACAGUUUGCCCAAAUCGCUCAGAUUGUUACGCCCAACGGGCAAAUCCAACAGGUACAGCUGGCUCCAUUGAAUGCGCUCAAUUACUCACAGCUGCCGCCAAAUGCGAAUAUAAUUCACAUACAGAAUCCUCAGCAACAGCAGCAGUUUGUGCAGCCACAGGCUCAGUUACAGCAGCAGCAGCAAGUCCAACAACAACAGCAGCAGCAGCAACAACAACAGCAACAACAACAGCAGCAACAACAGCAGCAGCUCUUCAAUGCAAUCAACGAGGCUGGCGGACAACUGCCAACGAAUCAGCCCAUAACGAUAACGAAUGCACAGGGACAACAGUUGACGGUGAUUCCGGCACAGCAGCUGCAACAGUUGCAACAAUUUCGGGCGAGUCAAAAUGCGGCUGCUGCUGCUGCUGCUGCUGCAAUGCAAUCGCUGCAAACGAGCAAUCUGCAAGCGCUGCCCAUCCAAAACAUACCCGGUCUGGGUCAGGUGCAGAUCAUCCAAGCCAGUCAAUUGCCCGCCAGCAUGGCAGCCAAUUUCCAGCAGGUGCUCACCCAACUCCCAAUGCCCACGAUGCAAGCCACAAGUAAUGCUGCAGCGCCACAGAACUCGAAUAGCAAUGCAGCUGCACCGGCUGCUAUAACCAUGCUGCCCAAGCAGGAGCCACAGAGUCCCACGCAGCUAAUCACGAAUAUUAAGCAGGAGCCACCAGAUGUGACAACUGCAGCGCCGACAACAGUGCAACAGCAGCAGCAGCAACCGCAGCAGCACCAGCAAUCCCAGCAGCAGCAGCAACUGAUUAAGUUCAUAAUGCCACAGUCGCCGCAACAGCAGCAGCAGCAGCAAUUGAUUGCUGAACUGCCCAGUGUAACGAUACCAUCCUCCAUACAGAUAACCGCCUUACCGCCACAGGCAACACCAGCCAUCGCACAAGCACGUAGCACGGCCAAACCGAGUCUGGUCGGAUUGAGCAACAAUGCCACACAGCUAACGAUGAGCACAGCUGGUGGUCAACAGGUGGUAACAACAACAACGACAACAACAACAUCAGCGCGUCCCAAGCAGCUCAAGCAAUCGAUGGCAGCAGCAGCAGCAGCCGCAGCAGCAGCAACAGUUGCUGCUCAGCCAAGCCAGGUGGUCGAUGGCGAGGUGCCGGCGGAGAUAAAACCGAGGUUGAAGCGUGUCGCAUGCACGUGCCCCAAUUGCACGGACGGGGAGAAGCAUUCGGAUCGCAAGCGUCAGCACAUCUGUCACAUACCCGGCUGCAACAAGGUCUACGGCAAGACGUCACAUCUACGCGCCCAUCUCCGCUGGCAUACGGGCGAACGUCCGUUUGUGUGCUCCUGGGUGUUUUGUGGCAAACGUUUCACCCGAUCUGAUGAGCUGCAGCGGCAUCGACGCACCCAUACGGGCGAGAAACGGUUUCAGUGUCGCGAAUGCAACAAGAAAUUCAUGCGAAGCGAUCAUCUCUCCAAGCACAUCAAGACGCACUUUAAGACGCGCUCCGGAGUGGAGCUCAUCGAGCUGAAUAUCAAGCAGGAGCAGAAGAUGAAUGCCCCGAAAAGUAUUAAUACGAUGAGCGGAAUUGUCACCAUUGAGCUGCCAUCGAGCACUGGUGCACUUGACAAUGGCAGUGUCGCGUCCAGCGUGGCGGCAACAGUUGCUGGCUCAACUGUCACUGCAGCGCCUGGUGGCGCCACAAUCGUUCAGCUGCCGACGCUCUGUGCGAGUAAUGAUGAUGCUGCUGUUGGUGCAUCCACAGAUAGUUUUGGCGAGGACGAUGACAUGGAGGAUGAGGAACUGACCGAGGAGGAUGAUGAGGAGAUGACCGAGGAGGAUGACGAGGAGGACGAUGACGAGGACAGUGGCGAUGAGCAGAAAAUGACCAUCUCUGUGAGUGAGAUGGGCGAAAACUCGUCCAACUAGCAUUCGGAGACACUGUUCAUGGAACAGUUCAUCUUUGAUCACUUCCCAUAGCCACAGCCAUAGCAACCUGUACAGUGGAUUAUCUCCCACCAUCUGCCCUGCCCCCUCCCCGAGCAUGACUAAUUACUUCUUAGUUUUCUUCUGUAUGUAUGUAAUGUGCUAAUUGUAAAUCUGUGUAAAUAGUUAACAUAAUUCAUAAGUUAUCCUUCGGCUAGUCGAAGAUUACACAAAUAUCCUUGCAGCGCCAAACUCUAAUCCAAAUAUCAAAUUUGAUUUUGCUAAACUUUCAAUUUUAUUCCCACCACUAACACGCAUGUCAAAUAUUCUGAGAUAUUGUAUUUUUUUUUAAAAGAAAUAUAAGAUUAUAUUAUUCAACUCAGAUCAGAUGGUUUCCAAGCAGUGUUUUUUUAAAAUUCGC